AUGUACGGAAACGAAGCAACUCCCUGGGAGUUGUUCAAUCAUGAAGUCGAUGAAAAUAACCAGUUGGUUCUUCCUUGGGUAACCAACGUUGAUCCUUUGGGAAAAAUCGAGGCAGAUGUUCGAGUCCUCUACGUGUUCACCAAACUCAGCAACGUUGGAAAGACAGAAAAAUCGUCCGAUAAGAUGGAAAAUCGGGUUGCCGGAUGCGGAACCUGGCACGGAAACAAGACGAAGGAGGCCGUGUGUGGGAGCGAGGGGACCGUGAUAGGGUACAAGAGGUCUUUCACGUUCAGAUCUGCACGGAAUCAAACGACGGUGGGGCAGUGGAAUAUGGUGGAAUACAACAUGGAGGGCGCGGAGGACUUCGUGCUUUGCAAGAUUAAGAGGAACGACUCCAACGCUUCCAUUGGAGGCAGGAUUGUUUCUACUUCCGCAAGUUCCGCGACUUCAAUGGUGGGCGAAGCUUCGACAUAUUUAUCAGCGAAGAAGAAGAGCAAAACAGACAAAUUCACCAAGAACAGUAGUAGUACUAGUGAGGAUCAUGGAAUUUCAAAAGUUGUGGCGGCGCAAGAACCGUCAUGGGCUGCCUCAGGAGUUGAUAAUACUAUGAAUAACAGUGUGUUUUCAUCGUGGGGAGACCAAUUUCAGCAACAACAACAAUAUCUUCAACCAGUGCUGAUGAUGCCCGCAGGAGUGGUCCAUAAUCAAGAACCUCUUCGGGAGAAACAAUGGAUCAAUUAUAUGAACCUCAACAAGAACAAUUAUCUUCAACAAUUGGGGAGAAUUGUGUCGGAGGGGGACAGGAUGCCACCUCUUGUGGAUGCUGAAGAAAAUGUCUUCAAUCAGAAAGAGUUUUUGGAUAUUGGAGACGACUUCUUUGAUGUGGAGGGGAUCAUCAAGGAGCUCAUUCAAAGAAGACUGAUGAUGAUGUGGCAGACCAAGAUCCAAAACAUCAUCACUUGUUCCAUGAUCCCACCAAGACCUUGUCCAACAACCAGCUGCUUCAACAACCAUUAUCCUCCUCACCCGCCAACAACCACGUCGAAGACACAUUGA